UUUUUAAACCCAUUCACAACCGGUGGUUCUUGAACACGUCCCUAAAAAUGUCAAUGUCCCAGCCCUGUUUCCAUGGUAACAAAACUUUGGGCACAGUCUGUUGGGCACAGUCGGACGUUUGUCUUGUCACUCGUUGCAAGCUAGCUCUAAACCCAUACUCGGUUUUCUCCGCGCUCUUUGCCAGUGUCCAGAUUUGCAACCGCUGUAUAGCUGGAGAUAAAGACAACAUUAGACAUGGACACUGACACAGAUCACCGACAAAACAACGAUGACGUUAACAAUGGUGAUGAUUGUUCAACAAAAGCUGCCCCGACGUCCCAGAUUCCUGGGCUGUCUGAAGAUGCUAACAAUGGUCCUGAGGAGAGGAGUAAAGGGCGCCGUACGGGAGUUAAUGAGUCCGAUUCUGCUUAUACUAAACUGGCUAAACAAGGAGGACAGAGGGGUUUAUUGUGGCAUGAGGAGACCAACUUGGACACCAAACCUAACUCUGCAUCAUCUUACAAGGCUCCUAACUGGUUCUCUGGUUCUCCAAAAGCUAAAGAGCAAGCAAGCCCAACUGAGAGUUUCCAAAACUACAUGUCAACUAAUGCUCCUUUUGGGAGUGAUAAUAAGUCAACUUGGGAAAGGGACUUUGAUGACAAAGAGAAGAUAUCUCCCAACAGCCAAAUGGAGAACUUGUCCUUAGCAUCAGGAAAGAACGAAGAGGCAGCAGGCAAUUUCAAGAAAACCCCAGCAGCCCCGCUACCAAUUGAUGGGGCUGAAGAAAAAUCUCAGAAUUCGACCCCUGUCAACAUGGGUACACUCUUGAGCUUCGGCUAUUUAGAGGACAAGAAAGGGGCACCCAAUACGCAUUCAUCAAAUUCCAAGGAGUAGAAAGGAGCAAAGGCAGUUGAGGACGACUGACUCCUCAAUGUUCACCUCCACAACGUUCCUUCACCGGGGUUUGCCUGUUCAAAACCACUUAUACUAUAGGUCAAUUAAAGCAGUUAACUUUGGUUAGAGUUAUAGGACUCUUGUUAUUCCACCUACGUGUGUGCUUGUUCCAAGAAGUACACACAAUUGCAAAAUUAGAUUGUACGUUAGUUUGCGCUCACAGACCCGUUCUGUGCCUGAAGUUGUUGCUAAUGAACUGCAUUUGCACUGUAACACUAACUUAAUGUAAUAGCCUGAGCUAUGCUCUUGUUCGUCUGUUGUAGUAGUUUUUUUUGGAAUGAUGGUUUGCUUUUAAAAGGCGUCUAUGGCUUAGAGGGGCUCCUCUAAAAAUGGCUGCUGUUUUGAAGUGUCUUUUUUUGUGCCUCAGUGUGGUUGCUAUAAAGAUUUCUGUUUAAAAAUAAAUGUGUUGUGCAUAAA